UUAUACCCCUGUAAAACAGUUACUAUAUAACUCUAUACGAAAAAAAGUCCAGCAUUUUGACUGUUGGACUGGAACUGUUAGAUUGGAACUGUUAAAAUCGACUGUUAAAAAAGACUGUUGACUGGUGACGUCACAUUCCGCGAAAACGAGUUAUCUUUCCUGUCGUUUGGUAUACAAACAUGGCUGCCGCUGCUCGGUUUGGCGAAGCUUCAGAAGAGGAAAUAAGAUCAAUUUUGGAAAGUAGAGACAGUAAGAAUACCAAAAAUGUUGUAAAAACUGCAGAAAAUAUACUGAAUGAUUAUCUAUCAACGCUUGACCUGUCCCUACAUCUUUUAAAAGAUAAAUCAUGUGAAGAAAUCGUGGAAGUUCUCAGGAAGUUUUAUUGCGCUGCGAGGAAGAAAGACGGCUCCAUGUAUGCAAAAAAGUCGAUGAUUUCCAUAAGGUAUGGAUUACAGAAAUCGUUCGAAAAAUCGCACGAAGUUGACAUCAUUAACGACGCUAGAUUUAAACCAGCAAACGACGUUUUCUUCGCCGCCAUGGUCCAAAUAAAGAAGGAGGGUGUUGGAGAGGUGCAGCAUAAGGAAGUAAUAAGCGAACAAGACCUGGAAAUUUUGUACAAAAACGGUGUGUUUAGUUGUGACAGUCCUAAGUCCCUUCAACAGAAAGUUUUCUUUGAAAUAAUGUUGUACUUUUGCAACCGAGGAAGAGAAAAUCUUCGUGGAAUGAAAAAGAGUGACUAUGUAAUCCGGAAGGACCAUGACAGCAGGAGGUAUGUCGCAUGCACCACUGCAAAGCUAACAAAGAAUCAUAGAGGUCUGAAUUGUAAUGAUGAUGACCAGGAUGGAGGAAGGAUGUAUGAGCAACCCGGAAAUUCCAAUUGUCCAGUUAUGAGUUUUGAGAAGUAUAUCGCCAAGCUAAAUGCAGACUGCGACUCUCUAUGGCAACGUCCAAAGACAAGCAUUGAUGAUCAUUCACCUGUUUGGUAUGACAAUAUGGUUGUUGGAAAGAAUGUCUUAGGAAGUAUGAUGCAGAGGAUUAGCAAAGAUGCAGGACUUACAUGUGUGUAUACUAAUCAUUGCAUACGAGCCACCUGCAUAACCAUGCUGGAUGAAUGUGGCUACGAGUCUCGACACAUUAUUGGUAUUUCUAAACAUAAAUCAGAAAGCAGCUUAAAACAUUAUUCCUCCAAAUUAAGCAAUUCCAAAAAACGCAAUAUGUCAGAUGCCUUAACAACAAAAUUAUCCGUAUGCAAGUCCGCGCCAAUUCAACAUACACCCCUUCAACAAAUUGAGAACAAUUUAAUGCCAGAUUUAGCCUCAAAUGUGCAAGAACUCCAGGACAUUGUCGAUGUUGAUGACAGAGAUUUAGCUGCCAUUCUUGACAACCCCAUGUUUGGAAAUCUUCAUGAAACUGGAAUCAGCAUUCCUAAUGUUAAAACAGCUAAAUCUGUUUUUUCUUUCCAUGGCUGCAACAUUACAAUACACAAUAACUAAAUUG